GGGUCUGGUCCCCCCAAAACCUCAGUCACCUGCAUGGAGCUCUUGGUGCUGCUGGUUUGCAACCUCCUGGCUUGGAGGAUGGGUGAGACAAGGUUGGAUGCUCCAGAGAAGUUGUCUGUGCUGGCUCCAGGAGUUCUCAGCAAGAAGGAGACCUUCCUGGUGCUAUCACUGCACAACAAGCUGAGAAGCAAAGUGCAGCCUCCUGCCGCCAACAUGCAAAAGCUGGAGUGGAGCGAGGAGCUGGGGCGGCUGGCGGGGGUGCGGGCAGCCAGCUGCCUGGAGAGCCCCGCUCCGCCGCCAGCCCCACAGCUGGGCUGGAGCGAGGCCCUGCUGCCGGCGGGCACUGGGGGCUUCGGGGCCGUGCUGGAGCGGUGGUUUGCUGAGGGCCAACACUAUGACUACAGGACAGGGCGCUGCGCUUGGAAUGCCACCUGCCGCCAUUACACCCAGCUGGUGUGGGCCACAGCGGGACAGCUGGGCUGCGGGAGGCACCUCUGCACCAGCGGCCGCAGCGAAGCCUUCGCCUGUGCCUACUCCCCAGGGGGCAACUGGGAGCUGGCGGGGACGCCUGUCCUGCCCUACAAACAGGGGCCCUGGUGCUCCCUCUGCACGGCCGGCCUCUCUGGAUGCUUCAAGUCCUGGGACCACAGUGGCGGGCUCUGCGAAGUGCCCAGGAACCCCUGUCGCAUGAGCUGCAGGAACAGUGGACGCCUUGACAUGAGCAGCUGCCAGUGCGUCUGUCCGCCUGGUUACACGGGCAGGUACUGCCAAGUGAGGUGCAGCGGGCAGUGCCUCCACGGGAAGUUCAGGAAGGAGGAGUGUUCCUGCCUCUGCGAUGUGGGCUACGGCGGCGCCGAGUGCGGCACAAAGAUUCGGUUCCCUUUCCACACCUGCGACGUGCGGAUAGACGGUGACUGCUUCAUGGUGUCCCCUGAGGCUGACACCUACUAUGGGGCCAAAAUAAAGUGCCAGGAGAAAGGGGCGAUGCUGGCCCAGAUCAGAACACAGAAGGUUCAGGACAUCCUGGCAUUCUACCUCAGCCGCUUGGAGACCGGUAACAGGGUGACAGACACUGAUUUUGAGACCGGGAACUUCUGGAUCGGUCUCACCUACAAGACGUCCAAGGCUUCCUUCCGCUGGGAUGUGGGUGAGCCGUCCUCCUUCACCAGCUUCGCUUUCGGGCAGCCGGACAACCAGGGGUUUGGGAACUGCGUGGAGAUGCAAGCAGCAACUGCCUUCAACUGGAACGACCAGCGCUGCAAGACCCGAAACCGGUACAUCUGCCAGUUUGCCCAGGAGCACAUCUCCCUGUGGCAACAGGACCCCUGAAGCCGCAGCUCCAGUCACCAACCAGUGCUGGCUGCUGUGCCAAGCCUGCAGCACAGGAUCCCAGUGCCAUGCCAAGCCCAAACCAUGACUCAGAAAGACCCCUGCAAAGAUCCCUUGUGCAGGGGACAGAGGACUGAGGGGACCCAUGGGACUGAGACCUGGUGAGAAAGGCAUGCGCUCUACAUCAGCAUCCCCAAAAGAGCAUCUUCUUCUGCCUCUCACCUUCCUCUGUCACCAUCACACUGCAACAGCCCCCAGGGCAGGGAGAUGCCCCUGCAACAGCCAGGUCAAACAGCAUCCUUCUCCUACACUGGCAGCUGGACUGUGUCUGGACCGUGGUGCCAAUAUGACAAGGGACAAUGUUGGCUUCUGGGGGAGCACAGACUUUGGCAUGGCUCAGGGUGAGGGCUGGGCUUAGCUCUGAGCCGUCACCCUGGCCUGGAUCGGAACCCCCAGCCUGGCACUGCGGGUUCCUCACCAUCACCUGGUCCUUGAUCAUCACCUGGUUCCUCCUCCUCUGCCACGUGGUUAAUAAAGAUCCUCUCUCCCUUA